GUAGCUUUAAAUUCCAGCCCCAUAACCCCGACAGAGGAACCACCAUGACAGGAGUUAAGUCUGCACCAUUCGUAAACAGACUUGUCUGUUCACAGGUUUUCUUCUUGCUGUGCUCCAUUGUGCCAUCCAGCUGGCAAAGCUCAGUGCAGAUAAACCAAACCAUGUCCGACGAUACUAACGAUCGUUUCAUGUAUUUCGCUUUUGGGAGCAACUUGCUGAAGGAGAGACUUCAGCUGGCAAACCCCUCAGCGACAUUUUUCACUACCGGUCGAUUGAAGGUAAUGGAUUGGUCAGUGCACCUACUACUACAUUUUACAGCAAAUAUAGAAAUUAAUACAGUUUCGCCACAUUAUAACCGUAAUUGUUUCAUCAUAGUUCCGUUUUGCAUUUAAACAAUGCUGCUGCCGUUGACGCCGCGUGGAAAUGAGCUAACAUUACUAAUAGUGUGCCAUUUAUUACUCGUAAACGCCACAUGAGUUGACAAACUCAGAGUAUUUGAGCAGAAAAUAAGACUGACAAUGUUAUUGACCAUUACUUCAUUCACUGAAAUCACUCGCUUGUCAUUUUUCGACGAUAUGAACACCCUAUGUGAAGUGUUGUUCAGUUGUAAACCUUGUCUUUCUUGAACGCAGCACAGAUUCCAUCAUUCAUGCAUACUGUUCUCAUUGAGUGGGAAUUAUCUGCGACAGACCUGUUUAGUUUGCUGUUAAGGCUCUAAAUAUUCUUGAUAGUUUUGGUUGUUUUAUAAACUUUUAUGAUCAUGGUAUUGAGGUUAUAAUUUCUAUGAAACUGGUUGAGAGGCGCUCGUAUAAACUGCUGCUUAAAAUCGUUGUAACGGCUAAUAGGGGAGAGUGGGGUAAGUUGAGCCAAAGGGUAAGUUGAGCCGCCCCUUGUUGCUUGGAAAUGGUCCAAGAGAUAGAUCAUGUGACCGAAUAUUUAGGAGAUGGGCAUCAAUUCAUGGAGUCUGAAGGUUAAAUUUGUUUUAUACAUCAAUUGUGGUAUCUAUGAGCUACAGCAUGAGGUCAAAAACCUAGCAUAAGAGUCCACCAUUUUAGGUUAGAGGACUAAUAGUCAUCAUAGUAGUUCAUGGGUAGGUUGGGCCAUUUGGCCAGGGUUGGGGAGAUGGGGGGUAGUAGGGAUACGGCUCAACUCACCCCGCUCCUAUGGUCAACUUGCCAUAGGAGAACACUUUUGGCAUGCUAUAUUAUCAAAACAGGUCUGUUUACACUCAUUCUGUUGGUUUGCAGGGAUGCACAACAUCUUGAAAUACAUGCAGAUACACUAGUUAGAGACAGAACUAUGAUCGCCUUGAUGUAGUGAUCCGAAAUAUGAAAAAUGGCUCAUCUUACCCCACUCUCCCCUAUCCAUAGCAACACCUCUGCACUUUUCAUUUAUUUGAUGUAACUUGCCAAGUAGUUAUUGCACUUCAAGCUGUGCAGUUUGAAAAUUAAUACUGUCAAAUUAAUUGGCUGGUGGGGAUUUAACGCCACCCCAUCAGAAUCAGCUGCAACAACAGGGCCUGGGUGCCCUCCUGAUGGACCACGCUGUGAGCGAACUAGGCUCACAGGGGCCACUGGUGAAAACACAAACAUAGCACCUUGAAAUAAAAGACAUGUCUUUUUAAAAUAUCUGCCUGCAGCCUUUUGUUCUUUGCUCUUUCACCAUCCUCUGUUUUUGUGUUUCUGACAGGACUAUGAACUGAGCUUUGGCCUGUGGGAGGAACAUGUGGACAACAGUUGGCAUGGUGGAGUGGCCACAAUCCGGUCUCAUCCAGGCAGAGAAGUGUGGGGGGUGAUCUGGACUUUGAGCAAUGCAAACCUUAACAGUUUAGACAGGUGAGACGCAUAAAUGCCCAGCUGUGGAUUAUUCAGCUGUUAGUUUGUCAUUUUAUCUAACCCUUGGUUUUUCAUUUGCAGGCAAGAAGGAGUGGGGCAGGGACAAUACUCCCCACUGGAGGUUUCAGUGGAGACUGAUAAAGGUAUGAGGCUCUGCAGGACGUACCAGAUGAACAAUUUUCACCCCUGUCCUCCCUCUCCUCAGUACAAAGAGGUAAGUGCAUGUGUGCUGCGUGCAACAAUGUUUAAAAGGCUUUUUGAAGCAGGCAUUCAAAAGAUCAGCAAUUUCACUCAUAGUUAUCUUUUUCUCUGUGUGUUAUUUAGGUGGUGUGUCUGGGUGCAGAGCAAAAUGGACUUCCAGUGGAGUACUUGAAGAAGCUAGAGGCCGUUCAAACCAACAACUACAGCGGCCCUUCUAUUCUUGAUCAAAUUAGACCCACUAUGAAGUAAAAACUCAUGAGUUCUUGACUUGUGAAGCAUUAGAUAACAAAAACAUUUCAACGCAAGUUCUGUUCAGUAGCUGCUCUGGGAUACAAGAGGCACAGAAUUGAAACAAACAGAAACAGAGGUGUGAAAAAGUGACCAUUGUGGCUGCUUACGGUGGUUUAUCAAGGUAGUUCUUUUUUACUCAUGGUAAACUUUCUUACAUUUUUAGGUGCUUCACGUUGUGUUCCUUAAGUACUGCAAUUGUCAUGUCACAAAAAAUAAAUGAUAGUAACGAUAGUAUAUGUACAUAAGGAGUGCAAGCUGGAUCUUAAAGAAGAAAUCUGUCAAACAAUUGAAGGAAAUAACACAUGUACUGUCUAUGCAGCUCAAAAAUCAGAAUACCUAAAAAUUACAUUUUUUUCCAUAAUUCAAAAAGUGAAACUUUCAUAUAUUCUAGAUUCAUCACAUAAAAAAGGAGAAAUAUCUCAAUACUUUCAAAAGUAUUGAAAUAUUUCAGUGUGUGAUUAAACUAGGACAUAUGGAAGUUUCACUUUUUGAAUUAAACUAUGAAAAAAAAGUGAACUUUUCAAUAAGAUUGUCAUUUUUUGAGCUGCACCUAUACACUGCUAUGUUUGGCUGGGCCCAACAUAUUUUAAGUACCAUCAUGUAAUUUGAAAAUUAUGUUGACAAGUGAAUAUUGUUUGAGAAACUGAAAUGCAUAUCAUGGAAGGAGAUUAAAGACUGAUUUUGAGAUUAUCAGCCUCAUACGUGACAGUAACUCAUUUUUAAGUUCAUUUAACAUGAAUUUUUCUUUUCCUGCUAAUUGUUUUAAUUAAAUUCUUUAUCAGGAAUUGCCCUUCGAGGCAUCCCGUCUCGUUUUGAGAAAAGUUUAAUUUGUUUCAGCUCAAAUGUACAUAAAAAAUAAACAUACAGUAUGGUGCUGUUACACAGCUUGGUUUUAAAUACACUUUUUAUUAGGAAAUGAAAACUAAAAACAAAUGACUCAUAAAAGGGAACCACUUUAUUUUUGACAACACAGUGGCCUUGGACAGAAUGAGAAUGUGUACCUUUCUCAAAGUUCACCUUUUUGGAAUCAUAAAAAAUACAGAAAAUACAAAACAAAGCUGUCAAGAGAACAAACGGUAUCUGUGUUAAACACCCAAUAAUAUAAUAUUGUUGAUUUUCCAGAUUAUCAUUCACAAGUCAAUGCAAAUAUGCAGAACUCACUAUGGCACAACUCAUAUUCAUCUAAUUGAACAAUGCUCAUGCAGGCAACAUGGUUUGAAACUUUGAAUAACCAAGCGUUCAUGAACACUUAAGAAUCCCGCUAAAUCUAUCAUGUACAAUCUCCCAAAUUUAGUCUGAAGGUGAACAUUUACCUAUACUGUCUGCAGGAGUUUGUGAUCAAGCAACAGUUUAAAUGUGGAGAAGGAAGGCCCGUGAAAAACUUCAGAUCGGCAGAAAAAUACAAAAUAAGACACGGAAGAUGUGUACAACAGGUCCAAAAAGGUAAAAAAAAAAAAAAAACAACAGACACACAAAGAAACUUAAAUAGAAAAGCAACUCAAGGUAAGGUCAAAGGAAUAUGAGUACACCAGCAAAGAUGUAGAAAAUCACUUGGGGUUUUUUUGUUGUUUUUUUUUACAAAGGGGAUUAAAUAAAGGGUGCAAAAAAUAGCUUGAAGGGUCAAACCAGUGCUCAAGAUAAAAUCAGUAGCCAUUGAGGAAUGAGGGAUGAUAACCAGCUAAAUACUGUUUUAGAUUAACAGUCUGACACCAUCUGACAAACACGUCUGUUUUGUAACUGUAUUGUAGGAGCAUUGUAAUGCGGUCUUGCAUUACUGUGGAAAUUAGAAUAUACACCAUUGACAGCAUACCGAUAAAUAAAGCACUAUUAAUGAAGGCUACAUUAACUAACUGCCCUCACUAACAGCUAACUCGUAUGUUCAGGAAUACACUGUAUGCACUGCAUGAUGAACUUUUUCUAGCAGCUAUCAACAUAAGAGGCCAUAGUUAAAAUAUUGGAGUUAAUUCAGUUUUUAAUCAAGAACAUCUGCAUUUGCAUUACUUCUCAUUAUCAGUUUUGUUUUUAUUUUCUUUUAAACACAGUCCAUUGGCUCCACCUGUUCUCCACCUGUAACUUUAUCACUGCCACUUUCAUCCAUUGGUUCUGGUCCAUUGUCACUCUUUUCCAUCGGCUCUGUUGGAUCUGCAGGCUGCUCUGGAGAAUGCUCGGGCUCUGCCGUGUCCACAGUUUGCGGCUCUGGGAUGAGGAGGUUGUGCUUCACUUUGCUCAGUUCUGUCAUGUUGAACCCGAGAAGAAUGGCCGCUGUGUUUCUUUUGAGGCUCUUCAUACAUUUGCUGCGCUUCUUGCUGAAGAGUGCUGCUAGCUCUGCUUUGGUGAGCGACAGCCUCCUGCACAGCUCCUCAGUCUCCGGUUUGGUCGCGUAGGGGUUGACGUUGAAGUAUUUGGAUAUAAAAUCUCUGCGCUCCUCGCUGUUGCGGCGCUCCACUGUGUUGGGUUCCAGAGCCAGCUUCACUGUGGGGUCACUCUGAAUCACAGGCUCUGGAGGGGGCAACAACUUCUCCUGCUCUCGUUUCUUUCGAAUGGCGGCCUUUGCUUCUCGCUCUCGUUUAUUGGCUUCUAUGACUUGCCUCAAAGCCGCCUCUAGCCGUUGCUUGGACAGCUUCUCUGCUUCUGUCUCUUGAGGCCUUGGAGGGGGUGCAGCGGAAAUCACGCGAGCUGGCGCCAGAGCCUGUUUCACUGUCAGCCCUUGUGGUACUUGGAGAAAGUAGAGUCCGGACGGCUGGGUGAUCUGCUGAGCUGGUUUUGGUGGAGGCAGGGGUGCUACUAUAGGUUUAGGUGGCUGUGGUUGUGGCGGUUUAGGUGAACAACGGCAUCGCUGAAUGUGAAGCAUCACAGCUUGCUGGGUGACCUUUCCUGUGUACACACCGUUGCAGUAUAUGCAUUUGAAAGCCUCCGUCUUCAGGAUCGCAUGAAUGGUGGGUGCUACAAAAUGUUUCUCUUUAAGAUGCUGAAGAUGUUGAGAUUCACUGUGAAACUUUUCAUCACAGAAGGGACAGUACGUGCUGUUGAUUUUCACAGGCGCUGAGCAAAUUUCUGGCAGGCUGGAUGGCUGUAGCUUAAAGAAAAUCAAGUCAAGGGUGUUUGUGACGAGGGCAAGGUUUACCUCAGUGUCCCCCAAGACCUCUUUAGGGGCCGUGGUGUGGACAUCAAAGUAAGGAAACACAAUGCCACCAGAAGCUUUUGAGUAGACCCUGUACUUCUGUCUCAGAAAAUCACAGUAUGCCCUGCUUGUGGGACUAUGUAGCUUAACAUGCUCUGCAAGCUGCCUGAUUGAGAAGAACAGAGCUGAGCAGUACAAACAGUUCAGGCCAUGGAGCAGAUGCUGGAAGACACUUUUCUCUGAUAGCAGAAUUUUGCAUGUUAGACAUUUAAUGGUCUUGUCUGGCAUUUUCUUCAAGAAGGCUGCCCGUGCUGCCACACUUUCCGACUUGGCUGAAGUGGAUUUUGUCUGAUGUGCAACUUCUGUGUGGAUCUCAAAGACAUUGGAGGGAAAAAGUUCAUUGCAGAGUGGACAGGUAAUCCAUUUCUUAGUUUGUGGCGAGGAGUUACUUGAUUGCUCGAUUGACUUCAGAGGGGUGUUUGUACUAUGACUGUUAGGCACUGGUGCUUGCAACGGGGCAAAAGUAUAUGUGGGCAUGCCGUUUACUUUGUUACCGGUCGGGAUCAGGUGACUCAACAGAGACUGUGAAGUCAGCAUGGUACCUUGUAGGUUUGUUUGGUUUGUUUGGUUUACUGGUGCAUUUUGCGUAACUACGGCAGGUUUAGAAACAGUAGUAACAGGUCCAGGGCCAGUUGCCAUACUGGCCUGCAGUCCUGACUGCAGAAAGAUUUGCUGUGCUUGUGAAUUCUGUUGAGGUUGAGAGGACGGCGCUAUAGCCAUUGCUGCAGGUUUCAGAGACAUACUGGACAUAGCUGGGAGCUGGACCAUCGGUGGUGCUUGAGGCAACGCACUUCUGAGCGCAAUAGUGGCGCCAGGCUGGAGCAGACCUUUAGCCUCGGCACUAGCUAGUUGCACCAGCGCUGAUGCCUGCGGGGGAAGGAAAGCUUGGUUGGUCCCAGGGGUACAGAUCAGAGUAGUACUGUUUGUAGCUCCUGGUAGUUGCUGUAAUGUCACCACAGUACCAGCAGGCUGGCCAUUACUUGGAAGCACCAAGGGCUUGCUGUUGAACAUUUGAGUUGUUUGGGGUUUGGGAGCGAUGCUCGGGAAUGUCACAAACAAUCCAUUUCCAUUUGGAGUUGAUUUAAUGGUGUAGUUCUUGUUCUCAUAAAUUAAGCUUUGCACCUGUGUUCUGACUGAAUAGUGCGUCGGCUCCACCAACAUGUGAUGUAACGUUUGGUCCAGGGUUCCAGUGUUCACCCUGCACACCUUGCAGCAGUGGACUUUUACAGACGUAGUGCCUUGAAGGUGUAACCUGUAGCCUAUGUACUGUUCUGCCAUUCUCUCCAGGUGCUUGAGAAUAAUGUGCUUUUUCAUCACGAAGAUGGAAGAAGCCUGGAAUCCACAUUUUCUGCACUGGUACCGCUCAUUUCCCCGAUGAGUGAGUACAGGCGCUUCCCUUGUUGGUUGCAAAUGAUUGGUGGGUUUGGUGUGAAAGAACAUCAUGUGCUUCUUGACGACCUUGGGGUGGCCGAUGAAGAGGCACUGUGAACAGGGUGCAAGUGCACAGUAGGGCUGCACAAAUUUAUGGCAGCGAGACACGUGGCUCCUGAAGUUGUAGAUGUUUUUAGUCGAGUACUUGCACAGGUUGCAGCACAAAGACCGCGACCGAUAAGGCCACUGAAUGGAAAGAAAGAGACAGUCAGUUAUAUCAGUUAAUGAAACAUUAUUUACUACACAAAGAGUAUUUUCCAUUGCAUCCCCUGGAAUCACAACUCUUCUCUCUAACAAGAUUCUGUUUACCACAUGUCACAUUCACCUUUUUAUACUGUCUGCCAUGGUGUCCAUCAGUGAAAUCCACCCACUCAGUUUCCUGAAAGGUAUCAUCUUCUUCUGAGGUUUUCUCAGAGUUUUCCUUUAGAUUCUGUAAAGUGAAACACACACAUAGACCACAUGUAUAAAACUCACAGUUUGACAAAUAGUGACAUGUCCUUUACAAGUCCUGCUUUCAAAGUUGCUUUUAGUCCUUGGAGUAUAAGCUCACCUUGUGAUCAUUGAGAAAGUAAGCAGUUUUGGAGGCUUCAUGAUUUGACAGGUCUGUAAAUCUGCUGUCGUGGAGUAAAGCAACGUCCUCCCCAGCUCUAGAGUGAUCUUUUUACAUGACCACUUGUAAAGAUGAGGCAGUGAAACUUCAUUGAAACACCUGUGGCUAAUGUUGUACAUACCUGGAGGUCCAUUGUUUAAAGCAUGUGGACAAGGUUUUGCAUUGAAUGUAUAUGUACACUACACCUUGGGCAAAAUGCACCACAACUUCAUCAGUAAAAGUAUGAGAAACUGUUCAGUGAAUGGUACAUGAGCAAAGAUGGGUUUUGGAACAAGUUCAUCUUAAGCUAUACUGCAGUAUUAGGAAGGACAAAAGGUAUUGUGAAAAUGAAAAGCAACAAUGCCAAUUUUUCAACACAAACCAUUCCCAAACCGAUGAGAACAGUUUUACCAAAUAUCCUCAGGAUUGGCUGCAUUUGACUUCGGCAAAAUCCGCAGUUUGAUUAAUGUAGAUGAGUAAAAUGUUCUACAAAACAAAUGCCUACAAACAUUUAACAACAUCUGAGGAAAACCUGUGCGGUCAUGAUGCUGUGGUCAUUAUGAUCACUACAUAUCAUCAUACAUGUUGCAACCAUUUCCUAUCAUGUUGUGGGUGAAGUUUAGAUAAACAUGAAUGAGUUUUAAUCAAUUUGAAAAAAAUAAGAGGAAAAGAUUCUUGUAAUAAAAUCUUAUCAAUCUUUGUGGACUGUACAGGGACUAUUCUGCCCAGUGAUUUGUAACAUUAUCUACUUAACAUCCCAGAAAAAUGUACACAUAAUACCAUAUCCCCAACCUGUCCUGUUUCCAUAACAACAAAUGAAUCGCUCUGAAUGGAUGAGGGACCAUUUUAAGCUGGAUCUGAUUUGAAUUUCUUUCAAAAUGGUGGUAUUAACAUUUCUGGUACCCAACUACAACAACCCUUUCUCAGAAUAAAACUGUUCUUAACUAUACUGUUAUUGUACAGGGAAUGUACUGCUCUGAUUAAGCUGUGCAGUAAAAUAGAUUAAAAACAGCUUUUAGUUAGAUCACCUAUGACAUCUGAAAGGGAUGAGAAAAUGUGGAACACCAUAGCAUCAGUACACUUGGUGAGUAAAUAUGUAACAAGUACAAUCAUAUUUUAGAAUAUUGCAAAUUUCCUUGAUUACACCAAAACAAUCAUACCUUUAGCAGGUUUUGGCAGUCCUCCAGCCCAAUCUCUGUCAGUAUGUUUUUCACAGACUUGCGUGCCUUUCGAAUCUUCUCAAUAUUUCCAACUGGAAGCUGAUACAUUGUGUCCUGUUAAAGACACAAGGGAAGUUCAACAGAGGCACCAGCACACAGAGUAAUGAUAAACAGAGCUGCUAAAUUCAGAUCACAAGAAAACUAAUCACCAACUAUUUUCCUUAUCUAUUCAUCGAUUCAGUCAUAGUUUGAGCUUUUAUUUCUAAAUUCUUUUUUACUAAUUCCCAUUUAGACUUUAUAGAAAAAGAAUUCUGGCCAUUACUUUUCUGGAGACCUUUAUACAGCUUUGUGAACAUCCUUGAAGGGGUUUGUUUGUAUGCUCCUAUCAGGACUGCAACAACCUCCUUUAUCUCUGCUGAUAAUUCAUUUUAAUUUCUUUAAUAAACAAAUCUCUCAAUUGUAGAUAUCGAAACAUAUCCCUGUUCUCUAAUUUAAAUUAUUUUUUAAUUGUUUCAAAUGAUUUAAAAGAUCGGCCUUCAGUGAGCAUACAAAGAGCAGUCAUUGCCCUUUCAUUCCACCAUGUAUAAGUAUUAUCGAGAGUCGCUGGUUGAAAACUAGGUCAUUAAGAAGGCCACAUCAGAAGUUUGAUUUUGUUUUCAAGCUUGACAUAUCUUUUUAAUUUGUAACAUAAGUUAUUAGGGUCCAUGACGUGACAGUUGUUUUUUUUUUUGUUCCCAUGGUUUACUUAAAUUUAAAAAGGGCUAAAAUACAAAGAUAUAUUCACCAUUUACUUGGAUACAUUCUCUUUUUGAAGACCUUGUCUAAAAUUUCUAGAUUUUAUCAAUUUUGAGAGAAUAUUCAGAGAAUAAUGGGAAAAAUGUCAAUGUGGUGUAACCAUAAAAACUCAUUCAUUCAUUCAAAAAAUGCUAACCG